AUGUGGGACAGCCAAGACCUGCAGUGGAUGAAGACGCAGGUCGAGGGCGCGGUGAGCCAGGAUCUUGAGCAGAAGCUCGAAGUCAUCUUCGACAAGGAGCGCCUGAUCUUUGCAUCUUUCCUGACCCAGGAGGUGGAGAAUCGGACUUAUGACGAGAUCACAGACAUGCAGGCCAUGAAGCAGGCAAUUGAGGAGUAUCUGGAAGACUACAAUCAGGUCUUCUCGAUCACCAUGCCACUUGUCAUGUUCCUUGAUGCCUGCGAACACUGCGCGCGCAUUUGUCGUGUCCUGAGCCAGCCCAAUGGCAACGUCCUGUUGCUCGGGGUUGGUGGAAGUGGACGGCAGAGCUUGACACGCCUGUCAGCGUACAUGAAUGAAGCAGACUGCUUCCAGAUUGAGGUGGCGAAAGGUUAUGGGAUGACGGAGUUCAAGGACGACGUCAAGAAGUGCCUGAUGAAAUGCGGCGUGGAGGACAAGGUUCAGAUCUUCUUGUUCUGUGACACCCAGAUUGUGAAGGAAGACUUUGUCGAGGCCAUCAACAAUGUCCUGAACAGCGGGGAUGUGCCGAACCUUUAUGCCAAUGAAGAUUUCGAAGCCAUCUCGUCGUCCUGCCGCCAGCUCUGCCAGUCGAUGGGAAUGCAGCCCACAAAGGCAAACCUUUUCAGUGCCUAUCUGAGUGCGCGGCCCAGUGCAGCAGACAGAGGUCGGGUGAAAAAGAACGUGCACGUGACACUGGCUUUCUCUCCUGUUGGCGACAGCUUCAGAAAUCGUUUGCGAAGCUUUCCAUCGCUGGUCAACUGCUGCACGAUUGAUUGGUUCCAUGAGUGGCCAGCCGAAGCGCUCUACUCUGUGGCGAAGCAGCAGAUCACCGGGCAGAGCGUCGAGCUUCCCAACCUCGAGGGCUCCUUGAAGAUGUUCCAGACCAUCCACCAGAGCGUCGAGACGUCGUCGCGAAGCUUCUUGAAAGCGACCAAUCGCCACGUUUAUGUGACGCCAACCUCCUUCCUAGAGUUGCUGAACAGCUUCGUCGGCAUUCUUGCAGACAAGCGCAAGCAGGUUGGCAUGCUGCAGCACAGAUAUAGCGUUGGUUUGGGCAAGAUCGGCGACGCCGAGGAGCAAGUCGCAGGACUUCAGCAGAUGCUGGUUGAUAAGAAGCCCAUGCUGGAAAAGACGCAGAAGGAAGUCGGCGAGAUGAUGGUGGUGAUCACGAAGGACAAAGGGGAGGCUGAAGAAGUGAGCAAGGCUGUUGCAGCGGAAGAGGCUGCCGCGUCGGUGAAGGCCGAGGAGACUCAAGCCAUCAAGGACGAUGCCCAGAGAGACCUGGACGAGGCUUUGCCGGCCUUGGACCAAGCGGUGGAGUGCUUGAGGAAGCUGAAGAAGGAGCACAUCCAGGAAGUCAAGGCGCUUGCAAAUCCACCGGCUGGUGUACGGCUCGCCUGCGAAGGCGUGUGCAUUAUGUUUCAGCUGAAGCCAGUGAAGAAGCCUGACCCGAGCAAUCCUUCGAAGAAGAUCGAGGAUUAUUGGGAAACUUCGCAGAAGCAGGUCCUUGUGGAUGCAAAGAAGCUCCUGGAAGACCUCAUGGACUUUGACAAGGACAACAUCCCCGACAAGGUCAUCCAGACGAUCGGGCCCUACAUCGACAGAGAGGACUUCGAUCCUGCCGCAAUCAAGAAGGAGCUGCAAGAUGACAUGAACCUCUGCGAGGUGAAGCUGCAGCGAGCGCACAAGUUGAUUGGUGGCCUCGGCGGAGAGAAAGCGCGAUGGGGACAGAAUGUUCAGGACCUCAACGCACAGCUGGGACUUUUGCCUGGUGACUGCAUCGUGGCUGCUGGCAUGGUCUCCUACGCCGGACCCUUCACCUCGCAGGUCCGAAACGACUGCGAGGAGCUCUGGCGAAAGGAGCUGACGGAGCUGGACAUGGCCCACACCAAAGGAUGCAGCAUGUCGACCGUGCUUGGGGAUCCAGUAAAGAUCCAGCAGUGGGUGGUCUGCUCCCUGCCGAACGACCAGCUCUCCAUCGAAAACGGCAUCAUCAUCGACCGUGCGAGGCGCUGGCCCCUGAUGAUCGACCCUCAGAGACAGGCCAACAAGUACAUCAAGAACAUGGGCAAGGACACCGAAACGGGGAUCGAUGUUUGCAAGCUCAGUGAGAAGAACUUCUUGCGAACGUUGGAGCUUGGCAUCCAAUUCGGCAAGUGGAUUUUGCUGGAGAACAUUGGCAUCAACCUCGACCCCGCUUUGGAACCAGUGCUCGGCCAGCAGAAGGUCAAGGAUGGCUCCGGCUACGUCAUCAAGCUCGGUGACAAGUCCGUCACAUACACAGAGACUUUCAAGUUCUUCAUGACAACGACUUUGCCGAAUCCACACUACUCGCCAGAAACCUCCGUCAAAGUGACUCUGCUCAAUUUCGCCAUCACUCCGAGCGGACUCGAGGACCAGAUGCUGGGAAUUGUAGUGGCAAAAGAGCGUCCGGAUCUCGAAGAAGAGAAGAACAAUCUCGUGGUCCAGAAUGCCAAGAACAACAAAAUCUUGAAAGACAUUGAGGAUGACAUCCUUCGGCUGUUGGCCACGAGCGAGGGCGACGUGCUGGAAGACGACACCUUGGUUGACAAGGUGACAGAUUCCAAAGCGGUCUCUGACGACAUCAACGAAAAGAAGAAAGUGGCAGAGGUGACGGAGAAGAACAUCGAUGCGGCACGUGAGAGCUAUCGACCUGUGGCAUUCCGAACUGCUGUGCUGUUCUUCUGCAUCGUGGAACUGACGAACAUUGACCCUAUGUAUCAGUACAGCCUGCAGUGGUUCCAAAAGCUUUUCACGAUCGCUAUUGAUACGUCUCCGAAGUCAGAAGACUUCGAAGAGCGCCUCGGCAUAUUGAAGAGCUUCUUCACGGAGGCGCUGUAUCAGUCCAUCUGCCGUGGCCUCUUCGAGAAGGACAAGACGCUUUUCUCCUUCGCCCUCUGCACCAGCAUUCUGCGAGGCGACAAGCUCUUGGAUGACGGAGAGCUGCGAUUCUUGCUGGUCGGUCCGACGGCGGACUUGGUGGAGAAAGGGCCGCCGAUUCCGGAGGAAUGGGUGGGGAAACCGCGGUGGAACGAAAUCCUCACGCUGUCAACCCUUCCAGCUUUCGCCGGUUUCUCUGACUACUUUGCUUCGCAUGUGUCUGACUUCAAGAAGCUCUACGACUCUGUAGAAGCUGACAAAGAGCCAGUGCCGGGGGACUGGGAAGCCAAACUCACCCCCAUGCAGAAGAUGUGCUUCAUCCGGGCCAUGCGUAUUGACUGCUUGAAAUCAUCGGUGAUUACAUUCAUUUCGCAUCAGAUCGGUCAAGCAUUCGUCGAGCCACCCACCUUUGACAUCAGCAAAUCCUUUGCCGACUCGGUGAACACGACACCUUUGAUCUUCAUUCUGUCGCCAGGCACUGAUCCAGUCUCAGACGUCAUCGCCUUCGCGGACAAGCUGGGCAUGCUGAAGCGAUUUGAGUCCAUUUCCCUGGGUCAGGGGCAAGGGCCCAAGGCAAUGAAGCUCAUCGAAAAUGCGCAGGGCAGCGGCGGAUGGGUCUUGCUUUCAAACUGUCACCUGAUGGAGUCUUGGAUGCCCACCUUGGAGGCUGUCGUGGAGCAGUUCAACCCUGACAACAUGCAGACCAGCUUCCGUUUGUGGCUCACAUCUAUGCCGGCCAAGUCCUUUCCGGUGCAGGUGCUGCAGAAUGGAGUUAAGAUGACGAAUGAGCCGCCCUCUGGGCUGCGGGCCAACUUGCUUCGUUCAUACUCCGCGCUCUCGGACGAACUCUUCAAGGAGUCGAACAAGCCGGAGAUCUUCAAGACACUGCUCUUCGGCUUCUGCUUCUUCCAUGCGGUCGUCCAGGACAGGCGCAAGUUUGGGCCGAUAGGCUGGAACAUUGCUUAUGGCUUCACACCGGAAGAUCUACAAGUCUGUCGGCAGCAACUCAUGCUCUUCGUCAACCAGUAUGAGCAGGUUCCUUACAAGGUCUUGAACUUCCUGGGUGCGAAGAUCAACUAUGGUGGUCGUGUCACCGACGACAAGGAUAAGCUUCUCAUCUCGACGAUCCUUCAGACUUUCAUCUGUCCGGAGUCGGUGGAGCAAAAGGAUGGUUACAAGUAUUCAACGAGCGGCCUCUACUAUGCCCCAGCUGCAGAAACGAUGGAAGAGUUCAUCACCUACAUUAAAGGCUUGCCUUUGUAUCCCAUGCCCGAAGCCUUUGGCCUGCACGAGAAUUGCAACAUCACUUGCGCCCAAGACGAAGCAUUGAAGCUUCUGACGGGGAUGCAAAGCAUGGUGUCCUUGAGCUCUGGUGGUGGCGAGGGAGGGUCCGCAGAUUCAGUAAUGGAUGACACUGCAGCAUCAAUUCAAGAUCGGCUGCCGAAACCAUUUCCUUUGGAUGUCUGCGAAACCAAAUUCCCAACACUGUAUGAAGAGUCCAUGAACACGGUGGUCAAGCAAGAAUGCCUUCGAUACAACAAGCUGAUCUGGUCAAUGACAAGCUCUCUGAAAGACUUCCGAAAAGCCAUCAAAGGGCUCAUCGUGAUGACUGCAGAGCUGGAAGCUGCAGGCAAGUCUUUGUUUGUCAACGAGGUGCCAGAGAUGUGGUCCAAGAAGGGUCCUUUGUCCUUGAAGCCCCUCAGCAGCUGGUACUUGGACAUUCUUGCGCGCGUUGGGUUCUUCCAGAUGUGGUUCGACCUUGGACAUGCACCACCCGUCUUCUGGAUCAGUGGCAUCUUCUUCCCACAAGCGUUCUUCACGGGGGCGAUGCAAAACUUUGCCCGGAAAUAUGGGGAGGAGAUUGACCUGCUCUCCUUUAGCCAGCACACUAUGGAUCACAUCAGCGAUGCCAAGGCGCAGCUGACGACGCCUCCCGACGAUGGGGUGUAUGUUUACGGCAUCUUCCUGGAGGGGGCGCGUUUCGACAACACGACCCACCAGCUAGAGGAGUCUCGUCCGAAGGAGCUCUUCACCGAUCUGCCUCCGCUGCAGUUUCUGCCUGUCAAGAAUCGUGUUCCUGACGCCGCAGACUAUCGGUGCCCAUGCUACAAGGUGGUAUCGCGGAAGGGAACUCUCCUGACAACAGGGCACUCUACAAACUUCGUGCUGUAUAUCGAGGUGAAGACGGACCAGGUCGUAGACAAAUGGAUCAAGGCAGGCGUGGCCGCUUUCCUGGCAUUGAAGUACUGA